AUGACGAGUAUAAAUCAGGCUGUCACUAAACCAAAAUCGCAUAUCAAGGACAGUUGGUCGUUCGUGAAGAUCAUCAAGGAGUUUAACAUCCCUCUGGAUCACAUUCUUGUAUCUCUCGACGUGGUUGCGCUGUUCACGAACAUUCCCACAGAGCUCGUUUUAACUGGUAUUGAAAAAAGGUGGGAUGCAAUUUCGAGAAAGACCAAGAUGAGCUUGGAGCAAUUCUUGUUUGCCAUCAAGAUGAUUUUGAAUUCCACCAGUUUCUCCUUUAAUGAUGAAUUUUACGAGCAAAUCUUUGGCAGCCCAAUGGGCUCCCCUCUCUCUCCGAUUUUGGCGGACAUCGUCAUGGACGAUCUCGAAACUUGUUGCCUUCAAUCCUUUGACUUUCCGAUUGACAUAUUUUUUCGUUAUGUUGAUGACAUCUUCAUGUGUAUCCCGAAAUCAAAACUUAACGAUAUUGUGCUCGCUUUUAACAGCUAUCAUCCUCGUCUAAAAUUCACGUACGAGUUGGAAGAAAAUAAUUGUUUGAAUUUUUUAGACACGACC